CAAGAAACAAAAUGGCAAGAACCAAGCAGACCGCUCGUAAAUCCACCGGAGGCAAAGCCCCCAGGAAGCAGCUGGCCACCAAGGCUGCGCGUAAGAGCGCCCCGGCUACCGGCGGCGUGAAGAAGCCUCACCGUUACAGGCCCGGUACCGUGGCUCUGAGAGAGAUCCGUCGCUACCAGAAAUCUACUGAGCUGCUGAUCCGCAAGCUGCCCUUCCAGCGCCUGGUGAGAGAAAUCGCUCAGGAUUUCAAGACCGACCUGCGCUUCCAGAGCUCCGCUGUCAUGGCUCUUCAGGAGGCCAGCGAGGCUUACCUGGUCGGCCUCUUUGAGGACACCAACCUGUGCGCCAUCCACGCCAAGAGGGUUACCAUCAUGCCCAAGGACAUCCAGCUGGCCCGCCGCAUCCGCGGAGAGAGAGCUUAAACCACUGUUCCUCCACUGGCCAUAACAACGGCUCUUUUAAGAGCCACUUCACUGCACUCAAGACAAAACUCCUCCGCUGCCCCGCUUCUAAGCACCGUCAAUACAUAUAACACACUGAAUAAUUGACUGCAGAGUUCAAAGU